GAGUGCGAGCCAAUCGUUGCUCGGCGCCUGAAGGGGCAGUACCCAGGCGAGCCAUUUAACAUGGCGGAGGACGUUUCCUCAGCGGCCCCGAGCCCGCGGGGCUGUGCGGAUGGUAGGGAUGCAGACCCUACCGAGGAGCAGAUGGCAGAAACAGAGGGAAACGACGAGGAGCAGUUCGAAUGCCAGGAACUGCUCGAGUGCCAGGUGCAGGUGGGGGCCCCCGAGGAGGAGGAGGAGGACUCGGGCCUGGUGGCCGAGGCCGAGGCCGUGGCUGCCGGCUGGAUGCUCGAUUUCCUCUGCCUCUCUCUUUGCCGAGCUUUCCGCGACGGCCGCUCCGAGGACUUCCGCAGGACCCGCAACAGCGCAGAGGCUAUUAUUCAUGGACUAUCCAGUCUAACAGCUUACCAGUUGAGAACAAUAUACAUAUGUCAGUUUUUGACAAGAAUUGCAGCAGGAAAAACCCUUGAUGCACAGUUUGAAAAUGAUGAACGAAUUACACCCUUGGAAUCAGCCCUGAUGAUUUGGGGUUCAAUUGAAAAGGAACAUGACAAACUUCAUGAAGAAAUACAGAAUUUAAUUAAAAUUCAGGCUAUAGCUGUUUGUAUGGAAAAUGGCAACUUUAAAGAAGCAGAAGAAGUCUUUGAAAGAAUAUUUGGUGAUCCAAAUUCUUAUAUGCCUUUCAAAAGCAAAUUGCUUAUGAUAAUCUCUCAGAAAGAUACAUUUCAUUCCUUUUUUCAACACUUCAGCUACAACCACAUGAUGGAGAAAAUUAAGAGUUAUGUGAAUUAUGUGCUAAGUGAAAAAUCAUCAACCUUUCUAAUGAAGGCAGCGGCAAAAGUGGUAGAAAGCAAAAGGACAAGAACAAUAACUUCUCAAGAUAAACCUAAUGGUAAUGAUGUUGAAAUGGAAACUGAAGCUAAUUUGGAUACAAGAAAAAGUGUUAGUGACAAACAGUCUGCGGUAACUGAAUCCUCAGAGGGUACAGUAUCCUUAUUGAGAUCUCACAAGAAUCUUUUCUUAUCUAAGUUGCAACAUGGAACCCAGCAACGAGACCUUAAUAAGAAAGAAAGAAGAGUAGGAACUCUUCAAAGUACAAAAAAGAAAAAAGAAAGCAGAAGAGCCACUGAAAGCAGAAUACCUGUUUCAAAGAGUCAACCGGUAACUCCUGAAAAACAUCGAGCUAGAAGAAGACAGGGAUCCAGUUUAAAUAAGAUUUUUCUUUACUUAAAAACAAAGAAAAGAUACCGUUUGAUCACAAAAUUUUAUUAAGGUGGGUCAAUUUAGGGCUUGAUUCAUUUGCUUCCCCUUUCAGUGACUAUAGUCUUGUGCCAUCUGCCCAGUGUCCAAAACCAUUAUUUUAUGUAUUUUUUGAUUGUCUAGUUGUUCACAGCAGAUGGAUAAACCUGGUCUUUGUUUUUGUGGUGAGUGUGUGUGUGUGUGUUUUCCCCUUUUUUUGUAGAGAUGGUGUCUCACAAUGUUGCCCAGGCCGGUCUUGAAUUCCUUGGCUCAAGUGAUCCUCCUGCCUUGGGCUCCAAAAGCACUGGGACUGUAGGCAUGAGCUACUGCACCCAGUCAGGCCCUUGUUUUCUUCUGUGGCUGGAACCGUUUUCUUACUCGAAAUGCUUUUUUUUUUGACAAGCUAAUUGCAAAUAGUUCAUACUGAGGUGUUGCAGAUAGUGUCAAGUUGCACGCUACUUGGAAUAUCUUCUGUGACUCAAGUUUAUGUUACCCUUCAUUUCUCCCCCAGUGAACAUAGCAAGCAAUUUCUACUUUUGAUUUGCUUCCUACACAUAUGACUUGCCUUUGUGAUUCCCUUUUUUAGCCUUGCCAUCUCUGGCCUUUAGUAGGUUGAGGGGAGCUCCUGCUGUUGCUGACCAGAGAUUUAGGGGGUGUACCUCAGAGUAUUUUCAUUAGAAAAGCACAUGCCACACGCUUUCUGAGAUCUGUAGACAGAGUUGCUUUUUCAUAACCUAAGUUGCACUGAUUAUUUAUACCCUUUCUACCUACAUUAUGGUUCAGGUUGUAAAUGUCUCUUACUUUUUUCAGAGUUUGGUAUUUUAUUUCUUGUUGCUUUUGGGUGAAUUCCCAAAGGAGAAGAGGGAAAUGCUAAUCUUAUGCUACCAUAUGCGACCACAGUCAUGCAUACGUUUUGUGCUGGAUGUUUUUUGCAGUUUGAAUAUGAUGUACAUGUAUAUAGUUUGUUUAUUUAUCCUGCUUGGUAUUUUCUGAGCUUCCUGAAUCUGUAGUUUGGUGUCUGUCUUUAGUUUUGGAAAAUGCUCAGCCAUUAUUACUUCAAAUCUUUCUUUUGUUCCUUUCCUUCUUCUUCUGGUGUUCCCAUUAUGAUUCCAAAUGUUACAUCUUUUAAGAUUGUCCCACUGUUCUUAGUUAUUCCUUUAUCUUUUUUCUUUCUUUUUUCUGUUUACUUUUCAGUUUGAGAACUUUAUUAAUAUACCUUCAAAUGUACUGAUUCUUUCUUCAGCUGUGUUUAAUCUACUUGUGAGACCAUCAGAGGCAUUGUUCAUUUCUGUUACCGUGUUGUUGAUUUCUGGCACUUCCCUUUGGUUCUUUCUUAGAGUUUUCAUCUCUCCAUUUACAUUUACCCAUCUGUUCUUGCGUGUUGUCCACUUUUUCCAUUAAAUCCUUUGACAUAUUGAUCAUAAUCAUUUUAAAUUCCAAGUCUGACAAUUUCAAAAUCUGUGCCAUAUCUGAGUGUGGUCCUGGUGCUUGCUUUGUCUCUUCAGACUGUGUUUUUUGCUUUUUAGCAUGUUUAUAAUAUUUUGCUGAUAGCUAGACAUAUCAGGUAAAAGGAAAUGAGAUAAAUGAUCCUUUAAUGUGAGGUCUUAAUGUUUAUCUGGCUAGGAGUUAUCGUUUGCUGUAGCUGUAGGUGUCAAAGGCUAAAAUUUCCUUUAGUGUCCUGUUUUUGUCUCUUGUUGUCUCUGGGUUUCCCUAGAGACUGCUUUUUAAUAAAAAUCUGAGGGACCUCUUUCAACUAUAAUGCCCAGGAUCCUGACUAAUGUGGUGGUAAGGUAAGGGGAGGUGAAGCGUUCUGGAGUCCUGUGCAUAGGUCUCCUUCUUUUAGUAAGCCUGUGUCCUAGGCUAUGACCUUCGUAAGUGCUUCUCAGCCCACCACCCCUUGGGUGAGACAUGAAGGCUAGAGAGAGGUGGAGUUGAGUAUUUCCACAGGUAAAUUAGGUUCUUGUAAAACCUCAGUUGGUUAGGUUCUGGCAAAAUUAGUUUCUCUUGAGGAAAGGAUUUUGUUAAGGAGACCAGAAUGCUUUCCUCAUUUGUUUUGAAAUGGGGAGUAUUUCUAAAUGGGGAGUAUUUCAAAAUGGCUACUUUUUCCCUCCACCUGUCAGAAGCAGGAAGGAAUUUUUGUGUGAUCUUUACCCUGAUCUUUACCUGGGGAUGGCUCCUGGAGAUAAAACUCACAAAAGUUUGUGAGUGCCUCUGAAAGUGGGGCCCUUGGAGUUUUUAACUCUCAAGCCUAUCCACACUGAGCCUCCAUCAGUUCCUCAGUCACAGUUAAUUGCUCCUACCAGUAUUGGCUCCAGCUGUGAGCUUCUGCUCCUGGCCUUUCUGUCCCCAGUAAUUCUUGUGAUUCUCUCAAUCUGCCUCUCUCUUUCUUUAGUUUUCAGGGCAGCAGUUUGCCCUGUGACAUUUGUUCUUUGAUGUAUCUAAGAAGAGUUACUGAUUUUCAGUUUGUUCAACAGCUUUUUUCUUCUGGGGACUGGAGUGAUGAUUUCCAAGCUCUUCACAUGUUAGUCUGGAAACCAGAAGUCUCUACCUUAUACAUAUAACUGAUCUUUCCCUGUAGUUCUUCCAGCAGCCAUUCCAAAUGAGGUGUUAUUUACAGAUAUAUAUGAAGAAAACAGUUGUUUCUCUUCUAUUCAUAACAAAAUGUAGGAUAUCAACCACAUAAUCAGAGAUAAUAUCUAUCACCAUUUCCUGUGCCAAAAAAGAAUUCUGUGGAUAUCGCAAGGGCCUGGUUUUAUUUUUUAGCUUUCCGUUCUUGGCCUUAUGUUAAAAUACUUGUUUUAGAAGAUAAGUGACAGACUUAAUUUUAUUUUGUAUUGAGGUUUUUUUUUAAAAAAAAAAAAAAAAAAAAAACAGCAAUAGCCCAUGUCUACUUGGACAGUUUUCUUUUGCUGCAUUGGUCUAUUAAAGAUAUUUCUUCCUUCCUUAUCAGAAUUAAAGAGCCCUCCUUUUAUAAACUUAUUCCAUUAAAGAAGAAAAGUAAAUGCCUUUCAAACUGUUUUCCAUGAACAGUAUGUAAUGAGAAAUACUGUAGCAGUAUUGUCUUUUACUAUUCGUAGUAUCAUUUUAAGGCAUUAAAAAGCAUUAUUUGUUCUUUAGAAUGGAUAUACAGUUCAGAUCUGAGUUAUGUAAUCUCUAGCCUUGGGAAAGAAAAAGAUUGGUGUGUUUUAAUUUGUUAUGUGCUCUUUGUAUCUUUUCAGGCUAUUGGCAUGGCUGGGGUUGUUACGAUUUUAUAUUUGAUUUUUUGAGAAAAUAAAAGACAAAUAAUAAAACAAAGGAAAUGGGUUGUAUGGGUUUAAUGUCCAGAAAUACAUCAUCUUAAACUCUUCCUUUAAUUAUUACUAUCAGUGGAAUCUGGUACAAUCAGUUAAAUGUAUAAAAUGAGGAAAUGGAAAGUUUUAAGCACAGUAGUAGACUUUAUGAAAUUGUACUGCCCUUAUGUUUUCUUUCUGAUCUGACACAGGUCAGUUGUGUCACUCAUUAAACUCUAGCUAUAGAAAGUAGAAGUUGGUACCAAUGACUACUAGGCCACUUGAACCUCUAAACUUAAACAUUACAGCUUUCCUUACUUGCCAGACAAUAGCUUAUUCUGUACAAUGUUUUCAAAACUCUUUCAGUCACAGGUAAAAUUAAGCAAAGACUGAAAACAUUUAGAUCAAGCAGUACAAUCAAGGCAUAAUCAACCAUGAAGUAACACUGUAUCAAGGUAAAGUUACUCUUUCAAUAGAAGAAAAAAAUAAAAUACUUAAUGCUAAACACUGUUAGUUUUCGGUUAAUCUAUACUGACAACAUUACUACUUCCUAGGUUAGGGGUGAGCAAAAUUUUUCUAUAAAGAGCAAGAUUUAUAAUAUAUUUAUUACUAAUGUAUUUUAUGUAUAUUUCACAUACAUAGUUUCUGUUACAUAUUUUAAAUAUAUUUUUAAAUGACUUAAAUUUUAAUAUGGUUCUUAGCUCCAGGGCUGUAGAAAACCAGCCUUGGGCUGGGUUUUGGCAGUGGCUUGCUGACCCCUGCUAUAGAUGAUACAUUGGAAAAUACUGCUUAAACAUACUGCACCCAGGACCCCAAAUAGGAUUCAGAGAACAUUGGCCAUUUCUUGAAAGAAAGGGGCUUUUGUAUUGUAUCAAACGUCGUCUGUGUACCUUAUUAAAAAUACUACAGCUCAGAUAAGAACAAGCAAACAAUGCUGUAUAUGUGUAUGAAAUUUGUCUAAACCACAAACUACUUUUUAAAGCUGAAUAAUGUAUAUGACAAGUUUUUGAAAGAACAGAAAUUCUUAUCUUGGAGACCAUGUAGUUGAUAGGCUCUUUAAAGAGAGUUUAUGUGGCCCCCAAAUUUGUAUAUAAAAUUUUAGAUACCUAUACUUUUCUGUGGAGUAUGUCCGUAAGAUUUAUAUGACCCCAAAGAUUAAUAACCCACUGUUGAAGUGCUUUUAAUCAGUCACCCCACACAUGAAAAAUUUAUUAAUGCAUCUCUUGGUUUUUGUCAGUUAAUGACAAGCAGUGUGGUGAGGUUUUGUAGGAGUGAAGGCUGAGUCAGGCAGUAAUGGAUGGUCAUAGGAGGCUGUCAGCCUUUGUCUAGCGAUUGAAUAGCCAUGUACUUGUAAGCAGCACAGUUGCCGAUAGGUGUGCCGCAGACAAACAAAAGCAAAAGCACGUACAGAAGAGACCAGGUUGGUAUCUUGGAUUUAAGUCACAAAGCAGAGGAAUAGCAGGAACAGGGGAUCAGGUUUAAGGUAGCUCAAACAAACUUCUCUAUGGGUUUGGUUACGGUCACUGACAACUUUUUGGUACUGAGUCAUACAUAAGAUGGUUCUCAUGUCAUGUUUGUAUUCUUCAGGCCA